AUGCACAGAAGGAGGGCGGCAAGGGCCGCGGCGCUUGUCCUUUGUCUCCUGGCAGUCAUAUGCGACCUCCCGGGAGCCUGGGGCAAGGAGGGGAAGAACCGUCCCAUGUUCUAUGAUGGCGGGGCUUGGCACGAUUUGGAUGAGGAUCCACGCCCGGGGGAGCCCCUACCGUACCCCCCAGACUCGGACUCGUGGCAGCGACCUGACACCACGGUCCAUGUGCAGAUCUCCUCCUUCCGGGAUCAU